AUGACUCAGAUUUCAGAAGGUGCAGAGAGGGCUAGAAAUAAUAUUGAAGCGAUGAAGUACUUGAAAGGGCAAUCAUGUCCCAUAGCUAGCCUGGAUUUAGGGAUUACUACUGGCAUUCCGCCACGAUCUGAUGUUGUUUUUGUGAUCUUUGUUUCUACUGAAAAACAAGUAGCUGGUUGUGUGGUAGCAGAGCCAAUCAAAUCUGCUUAUCCUGUUGUAUUUGAUGAAUCCAGAAAUAAUUCUGAAGCCAAUUCACAAAAAGUUAGGAAGGUGGAAAGUUGGUACUCAAGCUCAAAAGCUGUUCCUGCAUUUUGUGGAAUUAAUCGAAUAUGGGUAGCUAGUGAAUUUCGUCGUCAAAAAGUUGCAUCACGUAUGAUUGAUUGCUUAAGGUGCAAUUUCAUUUAUGGACAUGUUGUAGAACUUAAAGAACUGGCAUUCACUGAUCCCACUAUUGCUGGAAGAGAUUUUGCUGCUGCUUAUACAAAAACAGACCAUUUUCUUGUCUACAAAUAA